AUGGCGGCGCUGUGGAGGGGCUGCGGGCGGCUGCUGGCGCGGCGGCCGUGGGCUGCACAGGCGCUCACCGCCGGGGCCCUCAUGGGAGUUGGGGACGUGAUCGCACAGCAGCUGGUGGAGAGGCGGGGUCUGCGCGGGCACCAGGGCCCCCGGACACUGAAGAUGAUGACGAUUGGCUUCUGCUUUGUGGGCCCCGUCGUGGGUGGAUGGUACAAGAUCCUGGAUCAGCUCAUCCCGGGGACCACAAAAGUCGUGGCUGUGAAGAAGAUGGUCCUGGACCAGGGGGGUUUUGCACCAUGUUUCCUUGGCUGCUUCCUCGCCAUCACAGGGGCGAUGAACGGUCUGUCAGCAGAGGAGAACUGGUCCAAGAUCCAGCAGGACUACGUGGACGCCCUGCUGACCAACUACUGCAUCUGGCCACCAGUGCAAAUCGCAAACUUCUACUUCGUGCCCCUGAAGCACAGGCUGGCUGUCGUCCAGUGCGUUGCCAUCGUCUGGAACUGCUACCUUUCCUGGAAAGCAAACCGGGUGUGAGGGGGGAAGCCGUGUCCCCUCCCUGCUCCCCCACCAGCAUGCUGCCGGACUCUGCCCCACAUCUGCAGCCCUUGGAAGAGGUGCCCGUGGCCACGGAUGGGGAUGAGAUACACAGGGUGCUGACAGCACCCAUCCCACUCUCUCCUCGGGGAAUCCCCAUCGCCUGCAGCUACAGCCCCCGUUGCUCCAGGGACACACGGAGAAGAUGGCGUUGGGUCCACCCCGAGAUGGGCUGGUGCCUGGGGCUGCUCUGGGUCCGCCAGCCUGCCGUGCCAUGAGGCAGCUCUGACGCCCAACAUGCUUCUCUGUCCGUGCUCGCUCCUCUCCCCGGCCUGUGGUCCUGCACGAGGGGUGUUCCUGCCCCGGGCAUUGCUCUGUCCUUCCCCAGCGUGGCUCUCAGGGAGGGCGAGGAGCUGGAGUGGCGCAGGCCCAGUGCACUUCCCCUGAAAAUGGGGUUUUCUGUAGCUCUGCCACGGAC